CAACAAACAAGCACCAUGCUGGCAUCCACUCCUUCAAAUGCAACGUUUAUUCGUCCGUCAAGGUUUUACAUCAACGGAUUCUCCAACGUCCCACACGUGAAGUACUACUACGUGUUUUUGUGCUUUGCAUAUGUUGUAACUGUGUUCGGAAAUUCUUUCAUCAUGCUUGUUAUAUACAUUGACCGCACUCUUCAUACUCCGAAGUAUAUUGUUGUUUUUAAUUUAGCAGUUGCUGAUUUCAGUGGAAGCACUGCGUUAAUUCCAAAAGUAAUUGACACAUUCCUCUUUGAGGCGCAGUAUAUCUCUUAUAAUGAAUGUUUGUCGUAUAUGUUUUUUGUUUAUUUAUUCAGUUGUGUACAGUCGCUGACCCUGGUUGCUCUGGCUUAUGACAGAUUAAUUGCCAUAUGCUUUCCACUGAGAUAUCAUGCUAUCGUUACUAAAUCUGCAAUGAUUGUUUUAAUAAUAAUUACGUGGGGAAUAGCUGCAGCAGUGUGCUGUUCAUGUGCUGCUUUAAUCACAAGACUAUCUUUCUGUAAAUCCCUUGUGAUAAACAGCUUCUUCUGUGAUCACGGGCCAACAUAUAAACUAGCCUGUAAUGAUGCAUCGAUAAAUAACAUUAUGGCCUGGAUUGCCUUUCUGGUAAUAUUCGUGUUACCAGUGAUCUUGAUCACAAUCACAUAUGUAUGCAUUGGUAUUACACUGGUAAGGAUUGCAUCUGGUGAAGAACGCAUUAAAGCCAUGAAAACCUGCACUUCCCACCUGAUGUUAGUGGCUAUAUUUUAUCUCCCAACGUUUGCCACCAACAUUGCAGCAGUUGCCACCUAUAUACACCCCAAUGCUCGGAUCAUCAACUCCUCUCUCUCUUCGAUAAUGCCGCCCAUGCUGAACCCCAUCAUUUACACCCUGAAAACAGAGGAGGUCAUGGUAUCUAUCAAAAAACUCUACAGAAGAAGCAAGGUCACCACUGCUAAAUCCAAGAAAUAAUGGUCAAUGUGCAAAACCAGCAUCUGUGUAUUUGUGUACUUUCUAUCUCUGGGAACUCCCUUCUUUACAGGGGGUAAUCUAGAACACAUUUUAACACAAUAAAAAGGAAAUAAA